AUCUGGAAAAGUCACCUAAUUGUCAAUCUACCCUGGUGGCUGUCUCUCUCUCUCUCUCUCUCUCUCUCUCUCUCUCUCUCUCCAAGCUUCUCGUGUUCACGCUCACAGGCGUCAAUCCACUGAGCUGAGAUUUCUGAUAUCUUCCGAAUCCCAGGAAUCUCAACUGCAAAUCCUAAUUUCAGUCUUCUAGAAGCCUUCAAGCAGAAAUGGUUCCUCUUCCAACCUCCUUUAAGACGAUUUUCUUAUUACUCUGCUUCACUUACAAUCUCAUCCAUAUCACACACUCUGUUCCCUUCAUAGUGUUGCACGGUAUUGGUGAUAAAUGCAGCAAUCGGGGGAUCACUCGCUUCACUGAACUAUUAAGCAACUGGUCCGGUGCUCCAGGAUAUUGCCUAGAAAUUGGAGAUGGAUCAUGGGAUUCAUGGACUACACCCCUUAUUGAACAGACAGCAAUUGCUUGUGAAAAGGUGAAGAGCAUGAGUGAACUCGCCAAUGGUUACAACAUAGUUGGACUUUCUCAGGGGAACAUGGUUGGUCGAGGAAUGAUUGAAUUUUGUGAAGGAGGACCUGCUGUUAAGAAUUUUAUUUCACUGGGAGGCCCUCAUGCUGGUACUGCUUCAGUUCCAUUCUGUGGAUCAGGCCUUGUAUGCAUUCUUGUGGAUGUUUUAAUCCGGAUAGAGAUCUACAGCAGCUAUGUCCAGGAACAUUUGGCUCCCAGUGGUUAUGUCAAAAUCCCAACUGACAUUGCUGACUAUCUUAAAGGGUGCAAGUUUCUUCCCAAGCUUAAUAAUGAAAUCAUAAAAAAUUCUACUUACAAGGAACGUUUCACUCGCUUAGAAAAUUUGGUUUUAAUCAUGUUUGAGCAUGAUACAGUUUUGAUACCAAAGGAAACCGCCUGGUUUGGGUAUUAUCCAGAUGGAGCGUUUACUCCUGUUCUGCCUGCGCAAGAGACUAAGCUCUACACUGAAGAUUGGAUUGGAUUGAAAACACUGGAUGAAGAGGGAAAAGUUAAAUUCAUUAAUGUCUCAGGAAAUCACCUUGAAAUCUCUCAAAAGGAUAUGAAGAAGUAUAUAGUGCCAUAUCUGGAGAACCAAGCAUCACACCAGCAGAUAAAAACAGAACAUUCAGCUUGUAGAUGGGUUUCAUCAAUCAGGAACUUCUUUGUUGAGCUACUUGGACUCAACGAGGAUCAAGCUUUGCUGCACAUUCUGUAAGCACCGGCAGUUGCACAACGACUAUCAUUAUCAUUACUACAACUUAGGUGGGGGGAAUCCGUGUUCUUAUCGUAUUGGCUACCUAUAUUGGGUUGCUACCCACAAUAUUCAAAAGAUGGAAUCCGUGUUCUGUUUGGUAUUCUUAUUCAUUAUUAAGAAGACUUUUUAAAUAUAUUAAUUACAAAUUUUAUUUUAAUAUUUUUAAA